AUGUGGCCAUUUAGCUCAUCGACGAGCGCCGAGCCAGGGGCGUCUGCGGACAGGUGUCCUGUUGAUGAAGAGACACGCCAAGCAUGGCUUAAAGCGAACCCUGGAAAGGCGCAUCCUUUCCAGCCCGAUGCUGCGCUCUCACCACAAGCAGGUGCAUCCCAUACCUCAAGCUAUCGCACCAAUGACGAAUCGCGACUCUCCAGCGACCGUGAGAUCUCGUCGAUACCGCGAAGCUAUUCUCCGCUGGCCAAUCCGACAGCAGCGCAAACAGCGCAAGCACCACAAGCACGCUCGACACCCGCGCCAGAUGCAGAGGAUUCGGAUGGAAAAUGGGUCUAUCCCUCAGCUAAGCAGUUCUAUAACGCGAUGAAGCGCAAAAACCAGAACCCACAGGUGGCAGAUAUGGACGUCGUAGUGCCGAUCCACAACGCGGUCAACGAGCAAGCGUGGAAGCAGAUCUUGGCAUGGGAACGGAUGUGGACGGGUCGAGCCGAGGGGAACGAGGAAACAAAGCUGGUGUCGUUCAAGGGAAGGCCUAGGGAAUUGACGUGGAGAGCAUGGUUCAAUGGGUUGGCGGGAUACCAGCAUCCGUUUGAUCGUCACGACUGGACUGUCGAGAGGCCUGGUGGAGAGCAGGUGAGGUACAUCAUCGACUUUUACACAGGUAGAGCACAAGCAGCAGCAGCAGCAACCGCCAGCAUCGGAGAGCACUUCAGCGCAGCAGCACAGCAGAGGACCGGGUUGAGCUUUUAUCUAGAUGUAAGACCAGCCCCCUCGACGCUGCAAGGUCUGGCGAUGCGCUCGACAAGGUCGUGGCACAAGUACUUUGGUUCGCCUGAUUCAGCACCCCACUAA